ACCUGUGCUCAUCUCUCAGGCUUCUGCUUCAGUUGUUUUCCUGUGUGCCCUCUUGUCUUUUGGCACCACCCAACAAAGGAGCCAGAGUUGUUGCUGGGAGACCUGGGUCUGCUCCCCAGCUUUUCCCUGCUUGUUCUGGGCAUCGAUGGACAGUGUCCAGAGACUCCAUUCUCAGGAUAGAAGUGGAAUUACUGGUCAAAGGGCACUCAGAUUUGGGAGAAGUGACCCCAGAAAUAAAAGCGUCAGAGAGAGAAACAGCCGUGGCGAUUGCAGAUUUGGAAUGGAGAGAAAUGGAAGGAGAUGACUGCGGGUUCCAUUAUGGAGAUGGCACAAAUGAGGCUCAGGACAAUGACUUUCCAACAGUGGAGAGAAGCAGGCUUCAGGAAAUGUUGUCCCUGUUGGGACUGGAGACAUACCAGGUGCAGAAGCUCAGCCUCCAGGACUCCCUGCAGAUCAGUUUUGACAGCAUGAAGAACUGGGCUCCUCAGCUUCCCAAGGAUCUGCCCUGGCAUUUCCUCAGGAAGCUGCAGGCCCUCAAUUCUGAAGCCAGGAACACCACCAUGGUGCUGGACCUGCCUCUGGACACCCGGCCCGCAGAGAAGGAGAGCCAGAUGGAGGAGGAGAUGAUGUACUGGGACCCGGCUGAGGAUAUUGCUGCUGACGACAUCUACUCCUUCUCUGAGCUGCCAACACCCGAUACGCCUGUGAACCCCCUGGACCUUCUCUGUGCCCUCCUGCUGUCUGCAGACAGCUUUCUGCAGCAAGAGGUUAUGCUGAAGAUGUCGCUGUGCCAGUUUGCACUCCCGCUUGUGUUGCCUGACUCGGAAAACCACUACCACACCUUUCUGCUGUGGGCCCUGCGGGGUGUGGUACGGACGUGGUGGUCCCCCCCACGGGGCCUGGGAAGCUUUCGAGAGGACAGUGUGGUUCUGUCCAGGGUGCCCACCUUUGCCUUCGUGCGCAUGGAUGUCAGCAGCAACUCUAAGUCCCAACUGCUCAACGCCAUCCUUAGCCUGGGUUGCUGGCAGUGGGACUGCUUCUGGCAUCGGGACCUCAACUUGGGCACCAACCCCCGAGAAAUUGCAGAUGGGCUGGUGGAAAUUUCCUGGUUUUUCCCCAGUGGCAGGGAGGACCUGGAUGCUUUCCCAGAGCCUAUGGCCUUUCUGAACCUGCGAGGUGACAUUGGGUCUCACUGGCUGCAGUUUAAGUUCUUGACCGAAGUCUCCUCUGCUGUGUUUAUUUUGACUGACAACAUCAGUAAGAAGGAAUACAAACUGCUGUACUCCCUGAAAGAGUCAACCACAAAAUACUACUUCAUCCUGAGUCCCUACCGAGGGAAGCGGAAUACAAACCUGCGAUUCCUCAACAGGUUGAUCCCUGUGCUGAAGAUAGACCACUCGCAUGUCCUGGUGAAGGUCAGCAGCACUGACAGUGAGAGCUUCGUGAAGAGAAUCCGAGCAAUCGUGGGCAGCGUGGCACGGUCCCCCUGCAGGAGGGUGUCUGUGGAGGACAUGGCACAUGCGGCCCGCAAAUUGGGCCUCAGAGUGGAUGAAGACUGUGAAGACUGUCAGAAGGCAAAGGACCGGAUGGAGAGGAUCACCAGGAAGAUAAAGGAUGCAGACGCCUACAGGAGGGACGAGCUGAGGCUGCAGGGGGACACUGGGAGGAAGGCAGCCCAGGUGGAGAGGGAGUUCUGCCAGCUCCAGUGGACCCCGGACCCACCUGAGAAGCACCGGGCUGAGCUGAGGCGACGGUUUCUGGAGCUCCGGAUGCAGCAGAAUGGCCAGGAGCCUGCCUUAGGGGUGCAGGAGUUUAUCGCGGGGAUCAGUAGUCCCUCCCCGGGUGAGAGGCAGUACUUCCUGAGGUGGAUGGAGUGGGGCUUGGCUCGGGUGGGUCAGCCAUGGCUGAGACAGCCCUCCGAGACUCUCCUCACCCUGAGACCGAAACUUGGUGGGACCUCAGACUUGAGUGAGCCGCUCUGGCCUGAGCCCCUGGGGGUAGAGCACUUCCUGCGGGAGAUGGGGCAGUUGUACGAGGCUGAGAGCUGUCUGGUAGAGGCAGGGAGGCUGCCUGCCAGCCAGAGGCGCUUUGCACACUUCCCAGGCCUAGCCGUGGAGCUGCUGCUGACAGGGCUGCCCCUGGAGCUGGUCGAUGGGGGCACCCUGAGCGUCCCUGUACGCUGGGUCACAGGGCUCCUCAAGGAACUGCACAUUCACUUGGACAGGAGGUCAAGACUGGUAGUCCUGUCCUCCCUGGGGGUUCCUGGCACGGGGAAAUCCACACUUCUCAACACCAUGUUUGGUCUGCGGUUUGCCACAGGGAGGAGCUGUAGUCCCCGGGGGGCCUUCAUGCAGCUCAUCACAGUGGCUGAAGGCUUUAGCCAGGACCUGGGCUGUGACCACAUCUUGGUGAUAGACUCAGGUGGGCUGGUCGGUGGGGCCUCAGCUGGGGACAGGUUUGAGCUGGAGGUUUCCUUGGCCACUCUGCUUCUGGGGCUAAGCAAUGUCACUGUGGUCAGUUUAGCUGAAACAAAGGACAUUCCGCCAGCUAUUGUGCAUGCAUUUCUGAGGCUGGAGAAAACAGGGCACAUGCCCAACUAUCAGUUUGUGUACCAGAGUCUUCAUGACGGGGCUGUCCCCAGCCCCAAGCCUAGAGACAGGAGGCAGCUCCUGGACCCACCCAGUGACCUGAGCAGAGCUGCUGCCCAGAUGGAGAAGCAGGGUGGUGGCUUCCGGACGCUGGCGGGCCUGGCAUUCUGUGAUCCUGAGAGGCAGCACAUAUGGCACAUCCCAGCCCUGUGGCACGGAGCGCCGCCCAUGGCUGCCGUGAGCCUGGGGUACAGUGAGGCCAUUUUUGAAUUGAAGAGAUGCCUGCUAGAAAACAUCAGGAAUGGCCUGUCCAACCAAAACAAAAACAUUCAACAGCUGAUCGAGCUGGUGCGGCGGCUAUGAGGGCCGGGACCCACUGCAGCAGGCCGUCCUUACAGGAAGACCAGGAAGGUCAGGGUGGGAAUCUGCUUACAGUGCUAAGAAAAGCAGCAUCCCCAUAGACCAGCUCAGAGGCCCGGGGUGUGGUGACACAGCAGUAGUUUGAUCUCUAUCCCGGAGCCCUGUCAAGGGUUGGCCCUCUGGAUGGCUGCUCCUUCCUUGGCCCCUGGAGUGGGGAACAGCUUCCCUCAUCACUGCAGGCACUGGCAGACAGGGACGCCCAGUACACCUUGGGGUUGUCCUGAGGAAAUGGGAGAGGACUUGUUUUUGUCCAACCGUAGGGUCCUUUGUGGUUCAGUGACACCAUGUUGCCCACAGUAUAUGAGGCACUGCUGUGGCACCGUGUUUAUGAACUGGUCUAUGAAGCCCUCCUGACCCUUGCACAAGAAGCGUUCCUCAGUCACCCUGUUGUGUCCCAGCACUUUGUCAUACCUCUGCCUCAGCACUUCAUGGCCUGUGUCACUUGUCUGCCCAGACUGUGAGCUCCUUGAGGGCAGGGACUGAACAUCAUCUAGCUCCAUGUCCCUAGGGCCUGGCACAUGUAGGCGCUUAAUAAAUGUUUGUUGAAUGAGUAUUCACCUAACAGCAGUGUAUAGGUUCUACCUCUCUGUGCCUUCACUGUGCUGUGUGCUCAGAGAGGACAGUAGCCUCUGCCUGAGGAAAGAUCUAGAAAUCCACAUAGGAAGUGAUGCUAAGCCAGGCAUGUGAUGCACACUUGCUACACCCUGUCUCCAAAAAAAAAAAAAACAAGGCC